CAAACUCAGAGUUCUCCACGACUUCGUGUAUUAACUAUAUGUGAUAGCUAACUUCUUUGGUGGAUUACAAUUCUUAGGUUCAAGUUCCUAUCAAUCACAAUGACCAUUCUCAUUUUAACGACAUUCCUCACGUCCCUGUUUGCUACCUGCCUAUGCCAGGGUUCAGGCUCUCAAACUGUAACCUUCACGAUGCGCAAGAUGGCCUUUUCAACAAACCAAUUCGGCAUCGACCUCUACAGAGCCCUUAAUGUCACCGAUGAGAAUGUGGCCUUGUGCCCUUUCUGCAUCGGGUCGUCCCUGGCCAUGGUUCUUCUGGGGGCCGAGGGAAACACGGCCAUGGCCCUGCGACAAGCUCUGUAUCUGUGGGGCCUUCAUCCUCAAGAGGUUCACCUGGCUUAUCAUGAUCUUAUUGCCCAUCUUGGACUGAACCUGACACCUCUUGAUGAGGUCUUUUUGGGCGCUAAGAGAUCCCACGGAGAAGAUAAUGUUUUGAAAAUCAUCGAUAAUGUCUAUAUCCAGAGGCAUUUUGCGGUGCAUUAUCCUUAUCAGUUUCUACUCAACAGAUAUUAUAAUACCAGUGUAUAUCCUCUGGAUUUUGUGAUGAAUGCUGAGCAGAGUACUCGCUAUAUCAACCUUUUUUUCGAAAGAAAUACCGAAGGACGCAUACCCCAGAUCUUGUCGCAGAUACCAUCACCAUCCACCAACCUGCUUCUUCUGAACGCGAUCUAUUUCCGAGGGACCCUCGACAUGAACAUGGCUCAAGUUGAAGAAGGCCGCUUUGUGGGCAGGUCGGAUCCUUUUAUCAUGCUCGAAGCUAGGAAAGCCAGAGUUAGGUAUGGCGUGCACGAAUACCUCAACUGCACCGCUGUGGAAGUUCCAUUCCGGGGCGGCCUCAUCUCCCUGGUGGCUUUGCUUCCUAAUGAUCCAGAGGGCAUGGCCGUGUUGGAGACCCGCAUGAGCGCCCAGCGACUUACGGACAUCAUCAACUCCAUGCAGGUCAAGAGGGUCAACUUCCAGAUGCCGCGAAUCAGCAUAAAGCAGACACAUGGCAACCUGACCAAAGCCCUCUUCAAUUUGGGCCUAGUAGAUCUGUUCACACCCGGAUAUGCCAACCUAUUCGGUAUCAGCAACUUUGGAUGGCUCCAUGUUACUAAUGUCACACACGCUGCAUACGUCGAAGUACGAGAAGGAUCAGGCUCCAGUUCAGGUUCAGACAAGGCAGACAAGGACAUCUCAGUCGUGCUGGACAGGCCUUUCCUUUGGUUCAUCAUGGACAAUGUCGCAGGUCUGGCCAUUGCCAUGGGCAAAAUAGUGAAGCCAUCAGAAGAUAUGUGGGCUGACUAUGCCAAUGCUCCAAGGCAGGCUAUGUAG